AGGCCUUGUGUGACAACGGUUCCUAAGCAGGAUUUGUUGACGUGCUAGCGGUACACAGAUACACAACAUAUACCAAUAUUGAUCAUUUUCAUUUUCCUUAAGUAAUAUAAAAAACGACGUUCUGUCACAGCGCUCGGAGAAAAAAAAAAUCGAUAAUUAGCUCGACAAUUAGCUACCGUUAGUUCAAUAGAAGUCUAAACAUCGCAUUCAAGUGUUGUUUUUAAGUUUAAAAGCCACAAACUCUCCAAGAUGAGCGAACAGCUCAAACUGAUCGUCGAACAGCUGAACAGGGAACCUUUUAAGAAAAACUUCAAUCUCAUUACAUUCGACUCUCUGGAGCCGAUGCAGUUACUGCAGACUUUAAAUGAUGUUCUGGCUGAAAUUGAUCCAAAGCAAGCCAUUGAUAUACGUGAGGAAAUGCCUGAGCAGACAGCUAAGAGGAUGUUUACUCUUCUUGGGAUGCUGAAAUACAAACCUCCUGGAGGAAUGUCUGAAGUAAGCAGUUUUCGUCAGGGUUUGGUGAUAGGCAGUAAGCCUGUGGUGCACCCCAUCUUGCACUGGCUGUUACAAAGGAUUCCCGAGCUGAAGAAGAGAGCGUACCUGGCCAGGUUCCUCGUCAAACUAGAGAUCCCUGCUGAGUUUCUCCAAGAUGAUAUCAUUGCUGAGACCUUCCACCAGUAUGAGGAGCUGGUGGGGGGAUUCAAGACCAUCCACAAAGAGUGUGAGCAGAUGAAGAGCUCAGGUUUCUCCACUUCUGAGAUUCGACGGGACAUUGUUGCAAUGGAGGAGGAGAAGGAUCAACUCAUAAAAAGGGUGGAGCGGCUUAAAAAGAGGGUGGAGGCAGUGUCAAACCAUCAACGCAUGCUGGAACUGGCCAGACAGCUACGAGUGGAAAAAGAAAGAGAAGAAUCUCUCGCUCAUCAGAAACAAGAGCAGAAGAACCAGCUCUUCCAGGCAGAGCAGAGACUGCAGAGAUGUCAGAUCCAGCUUAGAGACUUGCAGCAGGCAGCCGCAGAUGAAAAGCCAGAGAGCCUUAUGAAGAGACUCGAGGAGGAUAUUAAGUUCAACUCCUACAUGGUGUCUGAGAAGCUGCCCAGAGAGCUGGAGAACACAAGAAAGGUGGUGCAGUACUUGCAGAAGGUGGCGUCUGAGCCUGCUUUGGGCCAAGCAGAACUGAGGGAGCUGGAGGACAAGAUCAGAGAAAUCAACACCGAGAUCAAUCAUCUGAUUGAGAAGAGGAUGAUGCGUAACGACCCAAUGGAUGAUAAACUCUCUUUGUUCAGACAACAGGCUGCUAUUAUAGUCCGUAAGAAGGAAACCAAGCUGGAGGAGUUACAGGAGGCCCGUGAGGAGUUGGCGGCUGUGGAGAGAGAACUGAACAUGAAGAGCAGUCAGGCACGAGAGCGGGGUGGAGCAGAGCUGAUCCGUGGAGAUGAGUUUAAGCGUUAUGUGGCCAAGAUGCGUGGCAAGAGCAGCACUUAUAAGAAGAAACGGCAGGAGAUCGCUGAGCUGAAGGUGGAGUAUGGUGUCCUACAGAGGACUCAAGAGAUCCUGAGAGAGCGACACACAGCUGGACAGCAGCAGCUGGAGUCUCUGGAGGCUCAGCGGGGGAUCUCGGGCUACAGCGAUACUCAGGAAGAGCUGGAGAGAGUCUCCGCUAUCAAGAGCGAGCUGGACGAGAUGAAGGGACGAACGCUGGACGAUAUGUCUGAAAUGGUUAAGAAGCUGAAUUCGGUGAUAGCAGAGAAGAAGUCUGCUUUGUCUCCGCUGAUAAAGGACCUGAGAGCUCUGAGACAGGAACACGCGGAACUCGCUCCAGAGUUUGAGCAAAAGAAGGCUCAGUAUGACACCUGUGCUGCAGGACUGGAGAGCAAUAGGUCCAAGCUGGAACAGGAAGUGAGGGUACUUAGGGAAGAGACGGCACAGGAAGAAAGCCAAUAUCAUCACAUUAACUGCAUGAGAGAGAUUACUGAGAGUCAAAUAGAGAGGGCGGCAGAUCAGAGUAAGAUUUAUCAGUCAAUGGAUUUACAGGUGCGGAGGACGGCUCUCAGUUAUUCUUCAAGUAUCUAUUCACCCAUUCCUGAUCCAUGCAGCCUACGCAUUCGAAAAGUUUAGCAGAAUUUCUGCUAAAUGUGGAGGCGGGGGAUAGCCUUGUGGUUAAGGAUUUAAGCUGUUAACACAAAGGUUGCAGGUUCAGUUCUAAGUAGGAGUGACUCAGGAAUCGCAGAACUGCUAUGAUCAUAAGUCAAAAGUUCUUUUACUAAAAAUAUUUUUUUAAAAACUAAUUAAAAAUAUUUAUAAUUACUAAGGACAUAAUUAUAUUUAUGCUGCUGUUCAGAAGUCAUAUUCAGAAUGUGUAUGCUGCUAUUUUGCAUGCAAUGAAAGCAUAGAAUGAACAGGGCCCCUACUCUUCAAAAAGUACAACAAAACAUAUUAAAGUUGUCAGUAUGACUUAUGCACUAUAUUAACUCUUUAGAAAUCAAACAAUAGUUUUGUGUGAGGAACAGACUAAAAAUAAGUUGUUAUUCACUGAUUGAUUUAAUUUGCUGCUAUAAAUAUUUAUUUCAUAUGCACAUUCAAUAAGGCUUUGAAAGACUUGAGAAAUAAUGCACAAGGCAUGUGGACUUUUCAUGGUAUUUUUUGUUUUAUUAUAAAUUUUGUUUAGAGCUUGACUAUAUGGCUUUACUGUAUGACAAGUAGCCACUGUAUGGUUUUAGUGAAUAGAAAAGAGCAGCUUGGAAAUAAAAACUGAAACAGGUUUGAAAAAAACACGAGAAAGAAAACAUAUUUUCUUUUAAGGAAUCA